AAUAGUUGUUUUCGCAUAAAUUGCAAUAUUUAAAUUGUACCACGAACGAAAUAUAUUACACAUGUGGCCAUUUUAUCGACAGAAGAUUAUUUCACGAACUGUGUUUCAAUAUUUUCUACGGUCUUUUUCAUUUAACGCUAAUAUUAAGAAAAGAAGAGUUGAAUUUGUAAUUCUAAAUAUCAAUAAAAAAGUUAACCCUUUAGGAAAUAAUUUUGUUUCAAGUGUAAGAUUGUUAUCUACAAAAAUGAGUGAAGAUAUUUCUUUAUUUACUUUACCAAAUAAUCAGCCAAUAAUUGCUUUAGAAUGUGACUCUGCAUUUAAUUCAUUAACAAAAAAUGAAAAAUUAUAUGCACAUUAUUUAAGUCAAGCUGCGUGGAAUGGUGGUCUUAUCGUAUAUAUACAAACUUCUCCAGAAUCACCAUUAAUAUUUUCCCUUUUACAUAAAAUUUUUAUAUCUGAAACAAUAAAUGAAUUGAAAAAUAAUGCAUUUAACGCUGGUAUUAGUGAAGAUGAAUUUACAGCAUUUUUAGUAUAUUCUUGUGGAAUUUUUGCAAAUGCUGGUAAUUAUAAAUCUUUUGGUGAUAGCAAAAUAAUACCAAACUUGCCUAAGAAUAAAUUUGAAGCUAUAAUAAAAGUUUCAGAGGCAUAUAAAAAUAAUUCCAAAGAAAUUGAAGAGAUUUGGGAUAAAAUUCAAAAUAUAAUAUAUUUUAUAGAAGGGAAAUUAAAAUCUUUGGGAUUAGGUGAAAAAGGGGUUACAACUUAUUUUUCUGCUAAUUGUACUGACAAAGAUGCAGAAUUAGUUAAUGAUUUUAUGCAAAGUAAAGGAUUAGAAUCUUAUAAUGCUAGAUGUUUUAAAAUAGUAAAUCAACAAAAUGAUUCUAAAACUUCAAAAUAUAUGGAUGUGUAUGAAAUCAGAUUGGCUUCUGUAGAAACCAAUAAUGAUACUAACAUUACACUGUCAGAAGAAGUAUUUAAAAAUGCAAAAUUUAAAAUUACGAGAGGAGACUAUAGUAAACUUUUGAUUUCAGUUGUUAAUAAUCUUCAAAAAGCAAAAGAAUAUGCUGCGAAUGAAAUUGAAAAAAAUAUGUUAAAUAAAUAUAUACAGCAUUUCAAAACAGGAUCUUUACAAGAUCAUAAAGAUGGUUCUCGUUUAUGGAUUAAAGACAAAGGACCAGUUAUAGAAACCUACAUUGGUUUUAUUGAAACCUAUAGAGAUCCAGCUGGUCAAAGAGGGGAGUUUGAAGGAUUUGUAGCAAUGGUAAAUAAACAAAUGUCCAAAAAGUUUGCUACAUUAGUGAGUAAUGCAGAAAAAUUUAUACCAAAACUUCCUUGGGGUAAAGACUUUGAAAAAGAUGAAUAUUUAAGGCCAGAUUUUACUUCAUUGGAUGUUCUAACAUUCUCAGGAUCUGGUAUUCCUGUAGGUAUAAAUAUUCCAAAUUAUGAUGAAAUUAGGCAAUCAGAAGGAUUUAAAAAUGUUUCUUUGGGUAAUGUACUUCCUGCAAACAUGAAAGUGGAUGUGCUACCAUUUUUAUCUGAGCAUGAUCAAGCAUUAAUGAAUAAGCAUAGAAUAGCUAGUUUUGAAGUACAAGUAGGUUUGCAUGAACUUCUUGGUCAUGGAACAGGUAAAUUAUUGAAGAAAUUAGAAUCUGGUUCAUACAAUUUUGAUAUAAAAAAAGUAAAAAAUCCUCUUACUGGAGAAUCAAUAAAUAAAUUUUUUUUGCCUGGAGAAACAUAUGAUUCAAAAUUUGGCCCAAUGGGAUCUUCAUAUGAAGAGUGCAGGGCAGAAGCAGUUGGAUUAUAUUUAUCUUUAGAAAAAGAUAUAUUGAGUAUAUUUGGACAUGAAAAUUCUGUGGCUGAUGAUAUAAUGUAUGUUAAUUGGUUAUCAUUAUUAUGGACUGGUUGUGCGAAAGCUUUAGAAAUGUAUCAACCAUCAACUAAAAAGUGGUUGCAGGCUCACUCUCAAGCAAGAUAUGUCUUACUUAGAGUUUGUUUAGAAGUUGGCAGUGAUUUUGUCAAUGUUGUGGAAUCUGAACCAGAAAAGAAUUUAUUAUUAACUGUUGAUAGAACAAAAAUUUUAACAGUUGGUAAAAAAGCAAUUGGAGAAUUUUUAACCAAGUUACAAAUUUAUAAAAGUACGGGUGACAUUGAAGAAGCCAAAAAGAUGUAUGAUAAAUAUAGUGAAGUACCCGAGACGGGACCACAUCCAUGGGGGCGUUGGAGAAAUAUAGUUUUGGCUCAUAAAGAACCUCGAAAGAUAUUUGUACAAUCUAAUACAUUUGUGAAUGGUGAAAAUGAAGUAGAAUUAAAAAACUAUGAACCCAAUUUUGCUGGAAUGAUUCAAUCUUGGGUAGAAAGAUUUCCCUCUGCAGAUGUUUCACAAGUUCUUAUUGAACUUUCAGAAAAAGAUAAACAACAUUUCACGCUUGAAAACUAAUUAUUUGAUACAAAUGUUGGUAAAAAGAAUGUUUGUAUAUGUAUAUAUGGAUAAAAACCAUAUACAUAUACAAUU